AUGAAGGAGAUACAAGAAGAGCUAAGAGCAUUGAGGCAGGCUGUUCCAAAUACUCCUGCUCCUGCUAGAGUUGUGGCACGUGAGAUACCUGAAGAGGGUGCUACUAGUGGGGUAACGCUCCGUGAAUGGGUUAGUAUGAAAUUAGACUCCUUUUAUGGAUCAGGGACUCCAAUUCAGGCUGCAGAUUGGCUUGCUUAUAUAGAAAUGCAGCUGGAUGCUUUUGAUGUGUUGCCUCGAGACAAGAAAUCAGUGGCAGAAUAUGAAGUGGGCUUUAAUCAAAUUGUGCGCUUUGUACCUCAUGUAGCCCACGAUGAUGCAGAGAAGGCCAAACGUUUCAGACAGGGUUUGAAGCCUUUUAUCCGUCAUGUGCUUGGUGCUUUUGUUGUUACAGAUUUUCGCUCUAUGGUUGAACAAGCUUCUGGUGUUGAGUUGCAGCAAUCUUAUACUGAUGAUAUUCGCAAGAUGUCGGGAGCAGAUCAGCAUAAAGGACCAAAAGAGAAGAAGAUUCAUUUUGGUGGUCCCAUCCAUAAGAAGUACAAGGGACAACAACGUCACCAACCAUACCGUGGUGGACCCUCUCAGAUACAUCCUCCAGGCACCAGUACCCAAUUUCGUACAGUGGUUAAACCUGGUUUUGGUUUGGUGUGCUUCAAGUGUGGUGAUUCACAUAUGCAGAGUGAAUGUUCUUGGAAGGGGAACUGUUCAGGAUCAGCACAUGUAUUGGCUGCUACUCCUACUCCUACAGUCAUUACUGGCCCGAUGGCCCCACCGAUGCAGUAUUAUAUUCCUUCUACAGUUCCCACUGGGCCUUACUGGACACAUCAACCUAUGAUUCCUCAGGGAACUUCUACACUGACAUUGUCGGUGAUUGGGGCAUCUUCUUCCCACACUGCAGGAACCUCUUCAUUUCAGACACCUUCUGGGUUAUAUACUUUACCUAGUGCUGAGACCGGAGGUCACAAUGACGUGGUGACAGGUAUCUUACCCGUGGACUCCUUUGAUGCACAUGUUUUAUUUGAUUCUGGAGCUAGCUUUUCCUUUGUCUCGGUAGACUUCGUUAGACGAGCGAGACUAUCAGUACAACAAAUUGGGCAAUCUGUGGUAGUUAACUCCCCCAGUGGUCUUAUAUCCAGUUCUUAUGUUUGCCCGGGGUGUGUUAUAAAUAUUGGAGAUGAGGAAUUCACAGCUAACUUGGUGAUGAUCAAUUUAGAGUCCUUCGAUGUUAUUCUUGGUAUGGACUGGCCUGCCCAAUACCAAGCCAUUAUCUCUUGUUCCUUGAAAAUCAUCACCUUGCGAGCUCCAUCAGGAGGGGAGAUUACUUUCCAAGGGAAGGCCUUGCCAUAUGCACUUUCCAUGUUAUGCAGGAUUUUUUCUAACCGAUGGAUGUGGAAAUCUGGUGCUCUUUGGUCAUUGGUUGAAGGGCAGGAUGUCACUCUACGCGUGGAAGAUAUUCCAGUAGUGUGUCGUUAUCCUGAUGUGUUUCCUAGUGAGCUUCCAGGAUUACCUCCUGAACGAGGACCAGUCUUCCGUAUUGAGUUGAUUCCAGGUACACAACCUAUUUAUAAGACUCCGUACCGAAUGGCUCCAAUGGAACAAAUGGAAUUGAAGAAGCAAUUAGAUGAACUCCUUGCUAAGGGAUUUAUUAGACUGAGUACGUCACCUUGGGCAGAUAUUGAGAAGACGGCUUUCAAUACAAGGUAUGGGCAUUUUGAAUACGUGGUUAUGUCUUUUGGACUAACGAAUGCCCCUGCUAUUUUUAUGGAAGCCAUGAACCGGAUGCUUCAUGAAUAUCUAGAUGUCUUUGUGGUGGUUUUCAUCGAUGAUAUAUUGAUUUAUUCCAAGUCAAAAGAGAAACAUGAGGUGCACCUCAGUUUAGUGUUGGAGGCUCUUCGAAAGAAUAAAUUUUAUGCGAAGCUAAAGAAAUGUGCCUUUUGGCUCGAAGAAGUAGGAUUUCUUGGUCACGUUAUUAAUCAGCAUGGUAUUACUGUGGACCCAAAGAAUGUUGCUGCAGUAUUAGAAUGGCAAAGACCAUCUAAUGCGACAGAGAUUCGAAGUUUUCUUGGACUCGUUGGCUAUUACCGGCGCUUUGUACAAGAUUUCUCCAUUAUCGCAAAACCUAUGACUAGACUUACUCAAAAGGGCGUUCCAUUUGUAUGGACUGAUGAAUGUGAGGUCAGUUUCGAAACCUUAAAGAAUAAGUUGGUGAACGCUCCUAUUUUGGCUUUGCCCGAGAGUGGUAAGAGUUUCACAGUUUACACUGAUGCUUCUCGAAUCGGACUUGGCUGUGUGCUUAUGCAAGAAGGUCAGGUAAUUGCAUAUGCUUCCAGACAAUUGAAAACUCAUGAACAGAAUUAUCCCACUCAUGACUUAGAAUUGGCUGCAGUGGUUUUUGCCUUGAAGAGUUGGAGGCAUUACCUGUAUGGUGAGUCAUGUGAUAUUUUUACUGAUCGUAAGAGUCUCAAGUACAUUUUCACUCAAAGAGAUCUGAAUUUGAGACAGCGAAGAUGGUUAGAAUUAAUCAAAGAUUAUGAUCUGACAAUUCAGUAUCAUCCCGGAAAGGCAAAUAGUUUGCAAAGUGCCUUGGGCACAAAACUUUCUCUUAGCACAACCUUCUACCCUCAGACGGAUGGUCAGUUAGAGCGGACCAUUCAGACUUUGGAGGACAUGCUUCGUGCUUGUGUCUUAUCUUGGAAAGUUAUAUCGCCCCUUUAG